AUGAAUAAUACAACAGCAAAUAAUACAAGCGCGCCGGUGAAAGGUUCAUUGAUACUACAUGUUAUUGAUGCUCAAACAAGUGCUGAAAAUGGGCGAAAGUUUACGAAAUAUAAGGUCACAGUAAACUAUAAUGGACAAGAAUUCGAGAUAUGGAGACGAUACAAAGAAUUUCAUACAUUAAAUGAGAAGCUUCGUCGUGUGCGUAGCGAUCUGAAACUACCCGGUCGACGUAUCUUAGGUGAUUCAUUCGAACCAGAUUUUGUUCUAAAACGUCAACGUGGUCUGAAUGAUUAUGUCCAACAGAUUUCUUCAAGUCCACAACUAGUUAUUUUACCGGAGUUCACUGAAUUUUUCACACUCAAUAAAGUUGUAUCCAGUACUUCAUCACCAGCGUCAACGACGGAUGAAUUGCAAGCAGUUAAUACGAAACAAAAUAUAAACCUAAUCAAAGUCAAUAGCGUAGAUACUGAAGAGCCUUUAACACCGACCGAUACAAUGCGUGUGAAUUUAGGCAAAACUGAAAAGACUACAGUUAAGCCUGACGAUUUCGAAUUUCGAACAUGCAUUGGUAAAGGUUCAUUCGGAAAAGUUUAUCUUGCUCAACAUAAGGCUGAAAACAUGAUCUAUGCUGUCAAAGUUGUUAGUAAAGCAUUGAUAAAGCGUAAACGUGAAGAACGUCAUAUUAUGGCUGAACGUGAUGUGUUGGUGAAAAAUACUCGUCAUCCGUUUCUUGUUUCGUUACACUAUUCGUUUCAAACACCAGAUAAGCUGUUUUUUGUGAUGGAUUUCGUGAAUGGUGGUGAACUAUUCUUCCAUUUGCAACAAGAAAGAGCAUUCAGUGAGCAGCGUGCAAGAUUUUAUGCUGCAGAAAUCACGUCAGCUAUUGGUUAUCUUCAUAAAUUGGAUAUUAUCUACCGAGACUUGAAGCCUGAAAAUAUUUUACUUGAUCGAGAGGGACACAUACGCUUAACUGAUUUUGGUCUGUGUAAAGUAAUGUUAUCUUCUGAAGGACGAGAAGGGCGAACGGCAACGUUCUGUGGAACACCUGAGUAUCUUGCUCCUGAAGUCUUACGUCGAGAAGCAUAUACAAAAGCCGUUGAUUGGUGGUGUUUGGGUUCAGUAACGUAUGAAAUGUUAUGUGCACGACCACCAUUCUAUUCUCGUGACGUGAAUGAAAUGUACGAUAAUAUCUUGAAUCGUCCACUACGUUUUAUCGGUAAUGUUUCUGAACGCGCUCGAAGUUUAAUUGAACAGUUGCUAAAGAAAAUCCCGGCUGAACGAUUAGGAAGUGGACCUGAAGAUGUCAAUGAUGUAAAGCGACAACCCUUCUUCGACCAAAUCGACUGGGAAAAACUAGAAGCAAGAAAAAUUGCUCCACCAUGGAAACCAUCGGUCAGCGGUCCGACAGAUCUUGGUCAAGUCGACAAAGUUUUCACACAAGAAACGAUCUCUCCGAGUGUUCAACAACAUUACCUAGGAAGUGUAACCAAUAAAGAUCCAAUGUUCAAUGGAUUUACAUAUGUUCAUGACGCACAUAUAAAUAGUUAG